AUGAUAUCUGGUACAGCUCUCUGCUUGGUCACAUUUAUUGCUUACAUAGCUUGGCGUAACGCACGGCGGUACACUUUGAAAGACAUCCGAGGGCCUCCUUCGCACUCAUUCUGGCUAGGUAGCGAGAAGGUACAUCAAAACGCUAAACAAGUGGGGGACCUGGAAUUUCAAUGGGCUCGCGAAUAUGGUCCAACUUGGAUGACCAAAGGAUGUUUGGGGGAGGAAAUUCUCUGGACCGCAGACCCCCGUGCUCUGCAAUAUGUCUUUCAUACGUCUGGUUAUAGGUUUUCGAAGAGAACCACUGCCAUUGAAACGACGCGCCUCUUCACGGGGGAGAGUAUUUUGACUGCAGAUUCGGUUGAUCAUCAAAGGCACAGGAAGAUCAUGAAUCCUGCUUUUGGUGCUGCUCAACUUCGAACAUUUUUGCCCGUUUUCCGUCGUUCGGCAGCUCGGCUCUCACAGAAGUGGAAAGAUAUGAUUCAAUUAGGAGAAAAGUCUGAUGGAUGUACAAUAAACGUCAAUGAGACCUUGUCCAGAAUGACCUUAGAUGUCAUCGGCGAAGUUGCUUUUGACUACCGUUUCGGAGUCCUCGACGACAACGGAGUAGAUAAUGACUUGGUGCAGGCGUUCAACAAUCUGUUCAUCGAUACGCUGUUGUACCAAUCUUCAUGGGAUAUCAUCUUUAGGUCAACCUGGAGAUUCCUUCCUCAACCGGUUCUGAAGUACUUGAAGUAUUUGCCUUACAGAGAGUACCGCCGUUUCGCGACAUACCUGCAAACAGCCAUUCAAACAGGAAGGACUAUCAUCAAUGAAAAGGCGGCUGAUACCGAAAAAGGCAGUAAGGACAUCAUCAGUAUUCUCAUACAGUCAAACCUUGUGGAAGAUGCACGAGCUCAGUUGAGUGAACGAGAAAUAUUGUCGCAGAUAGCCACAUUGCUGGUCGCAGGUCAUGAUACUACUGCCUCGUCUCUCACGUGGGUGCUAUAUGAGCUCUCAAAGCACCCAGAGGACCAGCGGCGCAUCCGUGACGAGAUUAAAGAAGCAAGAGCGAACUUGGAAGCUCGUGGCGAUGAUGAUUUGCUGCCUAAUGAUUUUAAUAAUAUGGAUUUCACCAAUGCAGUUAUUAAAGAGGGACUCAGAUUGCAUCCUAUAGUUCCUACAUUGAUCCGGGAGGCAGAUUCGGAUGAUGUUAUACCACUUUCUCAGCCAAUUGAGACCAAGUCAGGAAAGAUUGUUAAUGAAAUACCCAUCUCGAAAGGCCAAGGCAUCACAGCAUCUAUUUGCACUUAUAACAGGCUCCAAAGUGUUUGGGGAGAAGACGCGGAUGAGUGGAACCCAAGCCGUUUCCUGGACGAUGGCAGGGAAAAGUCGUCGUUGGGAGUUUUCGCCAAUCUAAUGACUUUCUCGGCUGGUCUCCGUUCUUGUAUCGGCUGGCGUUUUGCAGUUCUUGAAAUGCAAGCCGUGCUUGUGGAGCUUGUCGAGAAUUUCGAGUACCGAUUCCCCAAAGAUGUGGAGAUCAUUCGAUUGAAUGCUGGACUCAUGACCCCUAUGGAUGAGGGCAAGAUGCAUGAAGGUAUUCAGAUGCCCUUGGAAGUCAGUGUCAUUGCGUAA